AUGGCCGAGGAAUCGGCUGUGAAAGUCUGUGUUCGAGUCCGUCCCUUUCUUGAGAGAGAAAAAAGUGAUUCAUCAGAAAAGACAAAGUCUGUAGAGGUCUUUUGGGAAGCUAAUGAGAACUCACUUCGUCAGCUUGACGAUGGGACCACAACAAAGAGUUUUGCUUUUGACAGAGUGUUCACCGCUGAAGAAACAACUAAUCAACUAUACCAGGAUAUCGCAAAGCCAUUGGUUGUAUCAACUGUUGAAGGAUACAAUGGUACCAUAUUUGCUUAUGGCCAAACUGCCUCUGGCAAGACAUUCACAAUGAUGGGGAGUGAUAAUAAUCCUGGAAUUAUACCGCUGGCCGUUGAUGAUGUCUUCCAAACCAUUAAAAAGUGUCCAAAGAAGGAGUUUCUUCUCAGGGUCUCUUACAUGGAAAUAUACAACGAAACUGUGACUGAUCUGCUUGUUGACAGUUAUAAAAGAAAACCUCUAGAAGUCAGAGAGGAUGUCAAUAAAAACAUAUCUGUGGCUGACCUUACUGAAGAGCUAGUAACCACCCCUGCACAAGCUCUGAAGUGGAUUCGUUUAGGAGAAAAAAACCGGCACUAUGGGAGUACGAAAAUGAACCACCGGAGCAGUCGUUCACACACAAUUUUUCGAAUGAUCCUAGAGAGUCGUGAAAGAAGUGACCUGGCAUCAGGUGAAAAUGCAGAUGGAGGCAUCAUUGUUUCCCAUUUGAAUUUAGUUGACCUGGCUGGAUCAGAGAGAGCAAGCCAAACGGGGGCUGAAGGUGCACGCUUUAAAGAAGGCUGCAUGAUAAAUCGCAGCCUUUUCACACUUGGGCAAGUUAUAAAGAAGCUAAGUGAAGAAAGCCAAAGAAGUUUCAUAAGCUACAGAGACAGUAAAUUAACACGGAUUCUUCAGAACUCCCUGGGUGGAAACGCUAAAACGGUCAUCAUGUGCACAAUCACUACUGCCUCACUCGAUGAGACACUCAGCACACUGCAGUUUGCCAGCGCUGCAAAGAAAAUGAAAAAUGAUCCACAUGUCACAGAAGUUUGUGACGAUGGUGCGCUGCUCAAAAGAUAUCGUAAUGAAAUUGUUGACCUCAAGAAACGGCUUCAGGAGGCAAGUGACUUUGUUUCCUCCGUAACAGCAACAGAGAAAGAGGUGCUGGUUCAAGUUCUCCAGGAAAAAGAGCAACUUCAAUUAGAACAAGAGGACAGAAUAAAAAAUCUCACCAAGCUACUGGUCACUAGCAAUAACAUUACUAAUGUCCUACCGGUACCUAAACGCAGGGUUACAUGGGGAGGGAAAAUGCUGCGGCAUUCCCAUUCAUCUACUCCUGACAGUGAUGCCUCUAAUUGUAGCUUUUCCGUAUCUGUCUGUCAGAAGACGAAAACUCUUCAGUCCUGUGUGGGCAAGAUUUCUGAGGUAGACCAGCAGAAACAGCAAGCCGUGGAUCAAAUUCUGGCAAUGGAACAAAAGGCAGCAGAAAUUGACCUCAAACUCAAAAUGGAAACUGAUGAAAAGGAAUUAUUGGCUUCUGAGCGAGACUAUCUCAAGCAGCAGCUGGCUAUCAUCAAGUCACAUGCCAUGAGAGAAAAAGAGGAGGCCGCUGCUCUUUCACAAAAGCUGAAAGAAAAGAUGGAACAGGAUGAGUUUGUAUCUCUCGAGGAAAAGUUUGCAAAAGAACAUGAGAUUGAGUUGCAAAACGAAAUCAGCUCAUUGAAAAAUGCUUUGGAAUCCCAUGAACUUCAAUUGUUGGAACUUAAGAAAAAAUUGGAUAUGGUUUCCGAAGAGCUGAAGGAGAAAACCAAAAUUGCUGAUGAUCUUCAGAAUAUGUGUGGUAAGGACUUGGCCCAAGAAGUGGCAAACCUUCGUCGCUCUCUAGACGACGCGCAGGCUCUUGGCAGAGAGACAAAGAAAGAAUGGGCACUCCUACGCAGUGAAAAUACUGCCCUAGAAGAGUUAAAGAUGACCCUGACUGUAACUAAUGAAAAAAUGGAAGCAGAGGUCACCAGCCUACGUAGUCAACUCUCGAGUGAAAAAUCGAAUUUUAAGAAGAUGCAGAUGGAUCUCCAGAAAGAGCUCAAUGUUGUGUUUAAUGAGAAUACCAAAUUAGCUGCACUUUGCGAUGGCAAAGUCCCCAGAAAUAUCAUGGAUAGCGUGGAACUCGAGAGUGCAGUGACCAAGCUGAAAAAAGAGCUGGAGGCAUCUCAACAAGCAGAAAGACUCUUAAGAACUCAGCUAGAAGAACUCGAGUUAAUUCAGGCUCACCAAAAUGAAGGGCAUAACCCGGAAAAGCAGAUUUCUGCUGAAGAUUUGGAGAAGCUAGAGUUGGCCGUCAGAAAUGUUACAGCGGAGAGAGACCAGUUCCAGAUGGAUCUACAAGAAAAUAUAGACAUGAUGAUUGAGAAUCAGGAAGAGCUCCGGAACUCCCUUGGAGAAAUAGUUGCUCUGAAACAGCGUAUCAAAGAGUUGGAGGACAUGACUUUAGGGCUUGAAGAGAUUAAAACACAUGCAGCAGAGAAUGAAAGCCUUUUGCAGUCCCUCCAAUCCCAGCUUCAACAGCAAGUUCAGAGAAAUAAGGAUAUUGAAAGCACAGGUCAAGAGAACCAAGUACAGCUGCAAAAUCAGAUAAAGAUUUUGGCUAUGGAGCUUGAAAUUGCGAACGCCGAGAGAGAUGCCCUGUGUAACAAAGAAUCAGAACAUCAGACUUCCUUGGAAGAGACUCAGAAGUUGAUAAGCAGAAUUACAUCUCUAAGUGAAGAAAAAGAUGAGCUCCUUGAGACAUUGGAGGGCCUGAACCAGGAGAAGAGUCAUCUCAACGCACAACUGGAGGAUAGCAUUGAAACGACAAAUACUUUGGCAAUGGAGCUUGAAACUGUAAAAGCAGAGAGAGAUGGCCUGUGUAACAAAGAAGAGCCACAUCAGACUUCUUUGGAAGAGACUCAGAAAUUGAUGAGCCGAAUUAUAUCUCUCAGUAAAGAGAAAGAUGGGCUUCUUGAGACAUUGGAGGGAAUAAGCCAGGAGAAGAGUCAGCUCAACGCACAACUGGAGGAUAAAAUUGAGACGACAAAGACUUUGGCUAUGGAGCUUGAAACUGUGAAAGCAGAGAGAGAUGGUCUGUGUAACAAAAAAGCGGAGCAUCAGACUUCCUUAGAAGAGACUCAGAAGUUGAUGAGCAAAAUUACAUCUCUCAGUGAAGAAAAAGAUGAGCUGCUUGAGACAGUGGAGGGCCUGAAUAAGGAAAAGAGUCAGCUCAAUGCACAACUGGAGGAUCACAUUGAGACGAUAACGAUUUUGAGUAUGGAGCUUGAAACUCUGAAAGCAGAGAGCCUGUGUAACAAAGAAGUGGAACAUCAGACUUCCUUGGAAGAGACUCAGAAGUUGAUGAGCAAAAUUACAUCUCUCACUGAAGAGAAAGAUGAACUGAUGGAGAGAUUGGAGGGCCUGAAUCAGGAAAGGAGUCAGCUCAGCGCACAACUGGAGGAUCACAUUGACACGAUAAUGAUUUUGAGGAUGGAGCUUGAAACUCUGAAAGCAGAGAGCGAUGGCCUGUGUCACAAAGAAGCUGAACAACAGACUUCCUUGGAAGAGACACAGAAGUUGAUGAGCAAAAUUACAUCCCUCAGUGAAGAGAAAGAUGAGCAGCUUGAGACCGUGGAGGGCCUGAAUCAGGAGAAGAGUCAGCUCAACGCACAACUGGAGGAUCACAUUGAGACUAUAACGAUUUUGAGUAUGGAGCUUGAAACUCUGAAAGCAGAGAGCGAUGGCCUGUGUCACAAAGAAGCUGAACAACAGACUUCCUUGGAAGAGACUCAGAAGUUGAUGAGCAAAAUUACAUCUCUCAGUGAAGAGAAAGAUGAGCUGCUUGAGACUGUGGAGAGCCUGAAUCAGGAGAAGACUCAGCUCAACGCACAACUGGAGGAUAAAAUUGAGACGAUAACGAUUUUGAGUAUGGAGCUUGAAAGUCUGAAAGCAGCGAGAGAUGGCCUGUGUAACAAAGUAGCUGAACAACAGACUUCCUUGGAAGAGACUCAGAAGUUGAUGAGCAGGAUCAUAUCUCUCAGUGAAGAGAAAGAUGGGCUCCUUGAGACAUUGGAGGGCCUGAAUCAGGAGAAGAGUCAGCUCAAGGCACAACUGGAGGAUAACAUUGAGACGAGAAAGACUUUGGCAAUGGAGCUUGAAAAUGUGAAAGCAGAGAGAGAUUGCCUGUGUGACAAAGAAGCGGAACACCAGACUUCCUUGGAAGAGACUCAGAAGUUGAUGAGCAGAAUUCAAUCUCUCAGCGGUGAGAAAGAUGAGCUCCUUGAGACAGUGGAGGGCCUGAGCCAGGAGAAGAGUCAGCUCAACGUACAACUGGAGGAUAAAAUUGAGACGAUAUCGAUUUUGAUUAUGGAGCUUGAAACUCUGAAAGCAGAGAGAGAUGGCCUGUGUAACAAAGAAGCGGAACAUCAGACUUCCUUGGAAGAGACUCAGAAGUUGAUGAGCAGAAUUCAAUCUCUCAGCGGUGAGAAAGAUGAGCUCCUUGAGACAGUGGAGGGCCUGAGCCAGGAGAAGAGUCAGCUCAACGUACAACUGGAGGAUAAAAUUGAGACGAUUAAGAUUUUGGCUAUGGAACUUGAAACUGUGAAAGAGGAGAGAGAUGACCUUUGUAACAAAGAAGCAAAGCAUCAGACUUCCUUGGAAGAGGCUCAGAACUUGAUGAGCAGAAUUACAUCCCUCAGCCAACAGAAAGAUGAGCUCCUUGAGAAAGUGGAUGGCGUGAGCCAGGAAAAGAGUCAGCUCAAAGCACAACUGGAGGAUAACAUUGAGAAGACAAAGAUUUUGACUAUGGAGCUUGAAACUGUGAAAGCAGAGAGAGAUGGCCUGUUUAACAAAGCAGCAGAGCAUCAGACUUUCUUGGAAGAGACUCAGAAGUUGAUGAGCCAAAUUACAUCUCUCAGUGAAGAGAAAGAUGGGCUCCUUGAGACAGCGGAGGGCCUGAGCCAGGAGAAGUUCCUGCUCAACGCACAACUGGAGGAGACAAUGGAGAUGAGUUCCACUUUGGAAAAGCUGACUUGCAAAGUGAGCUCUCUCAGCGAGGAACGAAUUCAGUUGCAGAAUAAAAUGGAAGAACUCAUAAGUGAGAAAGAACAGCUCAAAUCAGAGCUACAGAGCAUGGAUGUCCUUCUGGCUAGCGGAAAGACAUGCAAGAGGGCUUUUCAGCAGUUAGUGGAAAACGAUGUCACCAUGUUUGAGGAGGGGCGUUUGCAAGAUAUUUUCCGAGGCAGGUCACCGGCAACCAGCUGCUCUUUUCAAGAUCGGGAGUGUUGCUCAGGCGAGGGUCACAGACUGAGUGAGCUGGUAAAAAAAAGACAGCUGUAUGUGCAGAAAAUGAGCAACGUUUUGAAGAACCUCUGGGCAGGCUUGGAUUCUUACCACAAUGAACUUUCAGCUGAGGGCAUCCUUGAUGAGCGGAUUGCUCAGUGUCAGGAAUUGCAGCACUUGAAGGCACAGGCUGAGUGCCGACUGCAAGAAGAAAAAAGCAUGCAUUGCACUCUGCAACAGACUCUGGAGGAAACCCCAACAAGGUCACCACAGGCUUUGUUCGGCAACCAGCAACUUAUUCGACUCCGUCAAUCUGAGGAGGAAGUAAAAGUUUUGUGUCUAAAGAAUAAGCAACUGGAAGAGGCCCACCACAAAGCCAACAGCUGUGUGUCUGAAUACAAAAUGGCCACUCAACAACUUCAGAUAGAACUGCUGGCUAGCCAGGCACAAGUUGUAGAGCUCAAGAAUGCUACAAAGACUCUCAAGAGCCAGUUGCAAGAUUUGGAGAAACCUGAAGCUGCUGAGCUACAGAAAGUCCAAGCUCAACUGUUCAAGAUGGAACUGGAGUUGAGAGCUGCUUCUGAUGAACAUCGACAAGAGAUGGAGAGGAAGGACAUGGCUUUGCAUUUGAAGGAAGAGUCUAUCAGGAAACUGAAGGAAACCCUUAGGACGUUGCAGCAGCAAGGAGAGGAGUCAUUCCUGCAGGGUGAAGAACUUGCCGAUAGACUGCUAAACCCUCGAAGUUUGGGGAACAAAAGCAGUGUUGUGCAAAAUGAGUAUGUCAAACAGCUUCAAGUUAAAAUCGCCCAUCUUGAAAAUGUCAUUUCCACCCAGCAGGCUGACCUUAACAAAUGGAAAAACAGAGCUGUCAAGAUGAAGUACAAGAGUAAAGCGGAUGUUAAGCCUUCACCCCCAAGUACGCCCACCAAACGGGGACUUCCAGCGAGCAUCAGUGUCUUGCUUCAGUCACCACAGAAGCCCCAAAACAUCCUUGGCUCCCCCAAGAUGCGUUUCAAUACACCCCAAGUGCCCCUUAACUCUCCAAAAAGCAAGUUUUUUGAUGACGACGGGUAUGGAGAGUCCCUAGCAAGAACACGUCCGGCGCAUUUCUUCGAUAACUCUACUCUCGGAUUAACUGCAGCCCACGAGCCGCAGCUGCAGCCCCCCAACCGGCACAGCCCGCCACGGGGCCCCCAACAGCCCACCGAGCCCAGGGCAGGGCAGGGUCCCCCGCCGGAGCAGGCGUGGCCCGUCCACCAGAACCACCAGCCUCAGGGCGGGAGAAGCGCCAGGGCCCCUAUCAACCCAUGCCCCAGACCACCCCCGGCGCACCCGCAACCGCCCACCCCUGCCCCGCCGCCCGAGCACCCACCCCGCACCCCGAACAGGCACUACGCCAGGCGCCGGAGAACAGGGGAUGUCCACCCCACCGGCAAAGGACAACAAGCCCCACCCAAGGCCCUGUGGGGCCCAAGAGAAUGA